AUGGCCCAGCCCCCACAGCACGCAGAGACAAUGGAAGAGCGGCUCAAGGCCCGCGACAACGUCCCCCCGCCCGUGCCGGCCUAUCUGCCCAAGGCCGGGUCCCCGCUGGCUGUCGACAAGGAGGCCUACGAGGCCAUCCAGAGCGCACCCCGCGUCCUCGCCGAAGAGUUCACGCUGCCCAUUCGCUCCGGCAGGGCGUGGGAGGCGCCGGCCGGGUCCAUUGUGCGCAUCAGCACGCCCGAGGGGCCGCAAGUAGGAGACCUGAACAUCUGGAACCGCCACAACCCGCGCGAGCGCUUCUGGGCCAGCCGCACCCGCCAACUGCACGCGUCACACGUCACGACGCACGACCGCCUCUGGUCCACGCUGCCCUACAUGCGCCCGCUUGCCACCCUGCUGCACGACAGCCUGGCCUGGUACGGCGUCGACGCCCGCGGCGGCCGCGUCCACGACCUGCUCGGCACCCGCUGCGACCCCUACGUCAACGCCGUCCUCGACCCGGGCGCCCGCUACGACUUCCACUGCCACUCCAACCUCGCCCGCGCCGUCCUGCCCUGGGGCCUGGCCGAGGCCGACGUCCACGAUGUGCUCAACGUCUUCCAGGUCACGGGGCUGGACGAGAGGGGCCGGUACUUUAUGAGCCCUUGUCCUGCGCGCGCGGGGGACUGUGUCGAGUUCCUGGCCGAGCAGGAUCUGCUCAUGGCGUUGAGCACCUGUCCUGGCGGCGACCUCUCAGCCUGGGGCUUCGGCGACGACAGCCAAAAGGAUAUGGUCAAGUGCUGCCGCCCGCUCCACGUCCAGGUCUUCCGCGUCGAGGACCCUGAGCUGCUCGCCAGUCUCGGCUGGAAGCCCGCCCAGUCCUCGAGCUACGCCGGCAUGCACGGCAUCGUCUCUCCCAUCGGCGAGGUUGAAGCCCGCGGCAACUAG